AGUUGGAGAUGCGUGUUCCCGAUCCGUCGGCUCACUCCUCUCCGUGAGGUGUUCGCUACGGAAUAUCGCUCCUUUUUUAUUUUCUAUAAAUGGUUCUUUUUAUUAAUGAAGUUUUAAAAAAACAUUCAGAUCCUUCGGACGGGACGAGAAAAGUAACGUGGAGUUUAAAUUAAGUCCAGGACUCCCGGUUCGGUUCGACUCGGCUCGGUUCGGCUCGUACCCGAGCAGAGACGAUGAGGAGUUUACUCUUCGUCACGUUGUGUCUCUCUACGUGUACGCGCACGGUGGACGGGCGACAUCCGACCUGUAACUUCCUGUUGGAGGUGGAGAGGGAGCGGGCGGAGUGCGUGAGGAGGCUGAGGGGGGAGGACGCGUCCAGCGGCCAAACAGGGAGCGACGACCCAGUUAAAACGACAGAACCCGCAUGCAGAGGAACGUGGGACAGCAUUGCAUGCUGGGAGCGGACGGCAGUCGGACAGACCGUCACCAUCCCGUGUCCCCGAGUCCUCACCACUGUGUUCGGCAGGAACGGUAACAUCAGCAGGACGUGCACGCCGGCGGGGUGGUCCGACGUCUUCCCCAACAUCACCAGCGCGUGCGGCUCGGAGGCCGCCCAGGACCAGCUUGUCUUCUACAUGCUGGUGAAGACGUUGUACACUCUGGGUCACAGCCUGUCUUUGAUCGCCCUCACCACUGGGAGCGCCAUCCUCUGCCUGUUCCGGAAGCUUCACUGCACCAGAAACUACAUCCACCUCAACCUCUUCUUCUCCUUCGUCCUGAGGGCCGUGGCCGUGCUGGUGAAAGACGACAUCCUCUUCAACCGAACCUCGCAGUGCUCCAACCAGCCGUCACUGGCGGGAUGUAAAGCCAGCCUGGUGUUCUUCCAGUACUUCAUCAUGGCCAACUUCUUCUGGCUGCUGGUGGAGGGUCUGUACCUCCACACGCUGCUGGUCGUCAUCUUCUCAGAGAACCAACACUUUGUUGUCUACAUGUUCAUCGGCUGGGGGAUCCCCACGGUGUUUGUCUCUGCGUGGGUGAUGACGAGGAUUUAUCUGGAGGACACGGGGUGCUGGGAGAGAAAUGACAACCCGAUUCCCAACUGGGUGAUCAACGGACCAAUCGGGUUCUCCAUCAUGGUGAACUUCAUCCUCUUCAUCAGCAUCAUUAGGAUCCUGGUUCAGAAGCUGAGGUGUCCAGACGUGGGCGGCAACGACCAAUCACAGUACAGGAGGUUGGCCAAAUCCACUCUGCUGCUCAUCCCUCUGUUCGGGAUCCACUACGUGGUCUUCGUUUCUCUCAGUGAAUCCAUCGCAGAAGCUUAUAAAAUAUUCUUUGACCUGGCCCUCGGAUCCUUUCAGGGUCUGGUGGUGGCCAUUCUCUACUGUUUCCUAAACAGUGAGGUUCAGGGCGAGCUAAAGAGAAAAUGGCAGAGUGUGUGUCUGAACUGCCGCCUGAGCAGAGACCAGCUCCUCCACAGCACCUUCGCCUCCAGGAACGGCUCAGAGCACACAGCCCAGUUUCACCGCACCUCCCGGACCCAGUCCAUCCUGCAGUCCGAGACCACCGUGCUGUGAGGACCGGAGGGGUCCGUUAACAGCAAACUGCCCCCCAGCGCCAAUAGAUUUUAUAAAAGGAUUUUCACACAAAGUUGAGAUGGAGGAACACGAGGUCUAAAGGUUUCAGCUUUACGAAUCUCUGCGGCCCUUCAAAAUGUACCUGAAGUAGACCUGAAGCAGUUCUGAUCCGUCCUGUGAGGGCGGGUUUUGUGCUGAGAAAGAACCAUUUUCUUUUAAUUUGGGUUAACCGUGUCUUUGUCUCUUUGGUGUCCUCAUAUUUUGUCCGAUUUACCUCCAUCUGUGAGGUAAGUCGCCCCCUGCUGGUCACCAUGCAGAAUGCAGCUUUAACGCUUCAACCGUAGUCACAUUGUUGUGUGAGUCAGGUACAACGCUGGCAUCGGAUGUCUCAACAAAUAACACAAAACAGGACGUUGAGGGAAAAGUACAAAGAUCUCUGGUGUAAAGAAAUAAUGGCGUUUUUACAUCAGGAGGGAACGCAACUAAAUGAAGAUGUUCUACCCUGAGCCAAUGGUGGUUUCUUUUAAAUAACCGUGACCACCUUUAUGUGCCUGUUCUUGACUGAUUGUACUUUUGAAGUUUUUAAAGUUUUGGAAGAAAAUUACAAAUAAAAUUGUUUUGAUUGAAACGCUUGAUGGACAAGUAACAUACUUUUUGGUUCAAUGUGAGAGCAAAACAAUCCGCUAAGAAGAGAAAAAACCCUCAACCCAGCGUCAGAAAAGCAGGUGAAAGGGUGAGUUUUCCGAGCAAAUGCAGGUUGAAGCGUUCAUUCCAGCUUCCCUCCAUCUGGAGCUUGAAGCUUGUUAGAAUCGCUGAAGGGAACAAUACAAAAACAGGGUUCUUUUUGCAACUCUGACCAUCGGCAUCACGCUGAGAAGUGGUGUUCAUGCUCCAAAACCUGCAUCGGGUUCUGAUUCUGUACCACCUGCUGUUGGUUUGUUGAGCGAAUUCAUAUUCAGAGUUGACCUCCAUUAUGCUGAGUAUGACGUCCUUGUUAGACACUUGUAUUUUGUCGAGAGACACCUUGAAUGUGAUGCAAAAGAUGAUUGAUAAAGGCUUUGUGAGCACUGCACUGUGUAGACGUUGCUCUUUAAUGUGUGUGUGCAGACACUUAAGCUCGUCAGCAUUGUUUAAAAGCUGCAACAGCGUCUGUUAUUUAGGGCCAAGUCGUCCUCAUGGGACCAUUUAAGGCUCUCGCAGCAGAAACUGGUUAUUAUGGUGAUAACCGAGUGAUGUAAACACAGCAUCAAACUACAUCUGUGUGGUGUGACAAGACCCGUGAAAGGCUGUCAUUACAUCCUGCUGCUCAUGUCCUGC